AUGGGCUGGACCAACCGGAGGACUCGGGACACGAUCGCCAAGUUUCUCCACGCCAUCCCGCCCGUCAGCGAGCCGAGCGACCGGCUGCAGGUUCUGUACGAGGACGCCUCGAUGCUCGUCGUCAACAAGCCCGCCGGCGUCGGCGUGACGCCCGAGCACAGAUGGCGCGGCGGCUCGGUGCUGAACUGGGUGAUAGGAGGGCGAGGUGGCAGGCGCACUCCGGCGCCAGCACCGGAGCCGCGGCCGUGCCACCGCCUCGACUUGAACACGUCCGGCGCGCUGGUCUUCGCAAAGACGCCCGAGGCGGCGAGCGCGCUCAUGUCGCAGUUCGAGUCGCGCCGCGUGCGCAAGGCGUACGCCGCACUCUGCACCGCCCCGCCCGGCGAGUCGCUCAGGCGCGUGUGCGGCCCGGGCGAGAGCGGGCAGGCGGCGCGCACCUCGCUCGUCGUCGUGGCGGACUCGGCGGCCGGCGGUGAGGCUGGCUCGGCGGGUGCGGCGGGCGGCGAAUGCCUCCUCCUCGCGCGGCCCGAGCAGGGGAGGACGCACCAGGUGCGGCUGCACUGCGCCGCGGCGGGCUCGCCCAUCCUCGGAGACGCCCUCUACGGAGGCGGCGAGGGGCGCGGCCCGCUGCAGCGGCACGGGCUGCACGCCCUCGCUCUGACUCUCGUGUCGCCGGCCACCGGAGCGCCGCUCGAGGUGGUCGCCCCGCUGGCGGACGACAUGCGGCGCGCCGCGCUCGAGGCCGGCCUGCGGAUGCGGUCGGCGGGGGCGGGGCGGGCGGGGGCGUGCUCGGACGCGGAGCGCGCGGCGUUGCAGACGGCUCUGGAAUAG